AUGAACUUCUAUUCUCUUUCCGUCUUUAUUGCUUUGGUUUUCUCUUUCAACGCCGCUGAUGGGCACAGAUGUCACAGAAGAGGAAACGGUGAAUAUGGAGGUGGAAGUGAAGAAGUCGUUGUUAUUGGAGCCGAGAAACCAGAUAAUGUCUAA